AUGACACGAAAAGUGCACAAAAUUAGGGAUCAGGAAACAAAUGAGAACACAUUCGAAUUGGAUCCGGAAAAUCACGGUCUAUCCCUUCCCGGACGAACGAGACGAAAUUGGCGAUUGUGUAAAGUGUUUCUCAUGGACCAAGAGUUUGCUUUUCGCCCGAAAGAAGAUAAAGGAUUGCGGGCUAACUUCUUGAAGCUAUACAACACUCAUGGCAAACUGGUCACAAUAUGCCCUUCGACUACCAAGCUGCUGGAAUGGAACGAGGCAUUAACCGCAGUGUUACGUACCCAAGCCGCGCAAGAUUACAUUGGAUACAAUCGCUUCGGAUCAUUUGCUCCACCGAGACCCAAUACACAAGCAACCGUCUUCAUUGACGGUGCUUACUACAUGGAAGCUGUGGCCAGAGCAAUUGCACAAGCGCAACAUGAAAUUUUCAUCACUGAUUGGUGCAUGAAUCCCGAACUGUUUCUUCGGCGUCCAAUCCAAUCAAACACUUGGCGGUUGGACAAAUUACUUCAAGCGAAAGCGCGUCAAGGAGUGCGUAUAUGCGUGAUUUUGUAUGCCGGAAUUGAGAAGGUGGUUCCAUUUGUCAGUGCUAAAACAGCCGGUCAUUUGCACAGCCUUCAUCCAAAUAUUCACGUUUACCGAUCCCCAUUGAUCAAAUGGUUUUGGAGUCAUCACGAGAAAAUGGUGGCGAUUGAUCAAUCAAUUGUGUUCAUGGGUGGAAUUGAUCUUUGCUUUGGGCGAUGGGAUACGAUUGAUCACAGGUAA